AGUACAUGCGCUUGGACGAGUACCUGUAGGACAGGUGCAUUCGAGCUAGUGCGUCACCACUUUAUUGCGCGCUGAGAGAUCAUCAGGCCCGUCUCAUGGCGGGUAAAUAUUGGUGUACAUCAUGUUCGUGUCUGGAGAUGAUUCGGGACGGGCUCUUUGGUAAAAAAAACAACCACCAAGUCAAGAAAGGUACCGGGAACGAGAACGAUGCCGACCAGCCUGUUGAUUUGGAUAAUGGGUCUUCCAUACAGUACAAGGUACACCGCGAAGCGCUCCAACCUCCCAAAGCCGCAGAGAGUGCCAUUUAUAAGGCUCUUUGGUCGUUCGUUGCCCGGGCAGACGAUGAAGUGACUUUCAAGGAAGGAGAUCUCUUCAAAAUAAUCAGUCGGAACGGUGACUGGUGGACCGCGCAGAAGAUAGAUAAGAAUGGGAGAUGUUUGGUGACAGGGAUCGUGCCAAAAAACUACCUUGCCCGAGGAGAAUCUGUUGAGGCACAACCCUGGUAUUUUGGGAAGAUGGACAGAUUUGAGGCGAUGAACCUUCUACUGUCUCCGGAGAACGCGAAAGGAGCUUUCCUCGUCCGCCUCAGCGAGAAAGACAGCGUGGGACAUGUCCUAUCAGUGAAAUAUGACAAACAGGUGAAACAUUUUAAAGUGGUUGAGGAAGGGGAGCAGUUUCACCUGGACCAGGCCAAACACUUUUGCACUUUAAUGGAUCUGGUGGAGUUCUACUCAACAAACAACCUGGGUUCUCUGCUCAGGCUGAGACAGCCCUGCGCCAGGAGUGAGCCCAAGCCAAAGGACCUGAGCCACAGCACGGUGGAUGGGUGGGAGCUGCCCAAGGAGGAGUUCUCCCUGGAGGAGAAGCUGGGCAGCGGAUACUUCGCUGACGUCUUCAGGGGUCAGUGGAAGAAGCUCAUCAACGUGGCCAUCAAGAUCCUCAAGAACGAUGAGUUAAACCACAAGGAGUUCCAGCGGGAGGUGCAGAUGAUGAAGAAGCUCCACCAUCGUCACCUCAUCUCGCUGUUCGCCGUCUGCACCGCCACGCCCCCCUACUACAUCAUCACCGAGCUCAUGGAGAAGGGCAACCUCCUCGACUUCCUGCGAGGUGGUGAGGAGGGUUCAUGUAUGGACCUGGUGUCUCUGGUGGACAUGGCUGCCCAGGUGGCUGAUGGGAUGGCAUACCUGGAGGAGCAGCAGAGCAUCCACAGAGACCUGGCAGCGCGGAACGUUCUUGUUGGGGAGAACAACAUCUGCAAGGUGGCCGACUUUGGGCUGGCGCGGGUCAUCAAGGAGCCUUUCUACAUCUCUGAGGAGAAGAACAUCCCUUUCAAGUGGAGCGCCCCGGAGGCCAUCAGCCACGGAAAGUUCUCCAACAAAUCUGACGUCUGGUCUUUUGGCAUCCUGUUGUACGAGAUCCUCAGCUAUGGAUCGGUGCCCUACCCAGCCUUCAGCAACUUGGAAGUCUACAGCCAGGUGUUCAAUGGAUACAGGAUGCCGGCUCCGCCCAAAUGCCCAGACAUCCUCUAUGACAUCAUGCUGUCCUGCUGGAAGGACCUUCCCUCUGAUAGGCCAGAUUUCAAGGACCUGAGCCCCUGGUUGGAGAGCAUUAACUUGAACGAGGUGGAGUGACCCUGUAGCUGAAGUGACAGGUGCUGACCACCAGGGGGAGGUGGAGACAACAUGUUUCUGAAGAAUGUUUGAGAGGUGGUAAUAGGUAGGACCUAUGGGACCAUGCACCUAGCAGUAGGCAGUUAGAAUAAAUAAGCAAAAUGCUUAUCUGAUUAGCAUUUGAGUAGCCGGCACAAAACUGACUUCAAGCAAGUCGGAAAAUUCAAGAACACCGAUGGUAAAGGACAGGCAGAGAUUGUCUGAGCAUCCUACUGCUGUUAGUCUGUGUUGAUUGUGUCUUUGACUGACCAAGGUGUUGAUAGAGAGAGGAGAGGACCCCUAUACCUGCAGUCUGAGCCACCUGCUUCUCUUCUGACCUCCCCUGUUUCCAUUCUGGAACAGGGAACACUGCUGAAAUCAUCCUGUGGAAUGUUGUUGCUGUUCUUUCAUAUGUUCUUUUUCUCCUUUCAUUCCAUGUUUGUAUUUAAGUAUAUACCGUUUCCCCACGUGUAAAUGCUUGAUUGUCCAUUUUCAUCAUCAUCAUUAAGUUAAAUCAUCAAGGUUAAGUGUGUGAAAAUGUUUUGGGGUUUUUUUUCUGUGAGAAAUGUUCCACUAUGUGUGUGUGUGUGAAUGGGAAAGAUACAGACAUUUUUUGUAAAGACAUUCAGUCAUCCCAAAGGUCAGUGGUGUGUGAUGUUAUGCAGGUGCUGCAUUCCCCCGUCUCUUCUGGUAAACUAGGUCACUGGCCAUUUAGUGUAUACACGCGCAGACACACACACGCAGACACACACUUGCACACACACUUUGUGUGUAUUAAAGCAUUUGUAUUCAGGGAGUCAGGUGGCUGAGCGGUGAGGCAAUCGGGCUAGUAAUCCGAAGAUUGCCAGUUCGAUUCCCGGUCAUGCCAACUGACAUUGUGUCCUUGGGCAAGGCACUUCACCCUACUUGCCUCGGGGGAAUGUCCCUGUACUUACUGUAAGUCGCUCUGGAUAAGA